AAAAUCGACAACAGCUGAUCAUUGAAACAGCUAUGUGACACGUGACACCUGUUGAAAAUAAAGUACCUGUUUUGAAAGUUUAAUUUAUUUUUCAUUAGAAUCUAAUUUUAAAUUAUGAUUGCCUUUUGUUGCAUUAAGAUAAAAGAAUAAUUAAAUAGAUAGAAUAAUUUAAUUAAAACUUUAAAGAUUUCCUUACAAAGUUCGUAUUUCUUACAAAAAGACGUUGACGUUAUCUUAAAAAACUACAAUCAAAAUAAAUUUCAUAUAAAAAAAGAAGAUUACGAUGCCAAGAACAUUUUUCUCCGACUUUUUACCGAUUUUCCGACAUUAUAGAUUUAUGAAAAAAAUAAAUUUUGUCAAUACAUUGAAGUGGAAUGUUAAAGGUGAAUAUAGAAGUUCAUCCACUUCGUUACAUGUUGAAACAAACAGUGGUUUGUCUGUGGACGAAGAACUGCAAGAAAUUUUUAAACUCAAACACACCAAGAUUAGUAACUGGAUUAUAGAGAACAAAGUACGUGCACUAUGUAUUAGAUAUACUGAAAGCAACAGAGAAAAUCGUCAACAGAUUUUACGCACUUUGGCUUUACAAUAUGCUGUGCAACAUAACGAUAUAUGCCAAGUGGCAAAGAAGUUGGUCUCUACUGAGCCUGAAAAUGAGAGGCAAAUGAUUGUCCAUGAGAGAACUCUGAAGAACAUUCUUACACCUGCUUAUUAUUGGUUAUUUUUUAUCAUAGGAAGAUUACAGCAUGGUGUGAAAUUUUUAGUCGAUUUAAGGACUGAUGUCUUGGAACUAAUGUCAGAGGCAAAAGAUAUGGAUGAAAGUAUAAUAAUACAACAGCUAAAUCAUACCUUGCGAGAUUUGCUUUUGCUCUGGUUUUCAAUAGGUUUUUUACACAUGGAGAGAAUAACUUGGGAAAGUGCAUGUGAUAUAUUGCAAAAGGUUUCUGAUUAUGAAGCCAUACAUCCUAUGAGAAAUUGGUUGGACUUAAAACGCAGAGUUGGACCAUAUAGAAGAUGUUACAUAUUUACACAUCCAUCCAUGCCAAGAGAGCCUCUUGUUGUAUUGCAUACAGCAUUAUGUGAUAUUAUACCAGAUUCUGUGAAGGGUAUACAGGAAGCUGAAUCUAGAAUUCUAGGAAAUGCAAAAAGACAUAUAACAUUUUUAGAAGAAGAUAAAUCAAAAAUAAAAGCAGCAAUAUUUUAUUCUAUAACAUCUACACAAAAAGGAUUGCAGGGCAUUGAGCUUGGUAAUUAUCUAAUAAAAGAGGUAGCCAGUGAAAUUAUAACUGAAUUUCCAGCUGUGCAGCAAUUGUCGAGUUUAUCACCAAUACCAAACUUCAAAACUUGGUUAUUUGACAAAAUAAAAAAAGAUGUAGCAUUCAUAUUUACCGUGCAAGAACAUGAAAUUAUAAAAGAUAUCUUAAAAACAAAAGACUUGGUAUCAUCCUUGAAAAAAGUCUUGAGCACUUCAUUGUGGACAAAUGAUAAGCAAUUGUCAGAAUCUUUAAAAGAACCACUACUUCGAGCAUGCACAUGGUAUUUAUAUAAGGAAAAACGACGUGGUUAUGCUUUAAAUAGUGUAGCUAAUUUUCAUUUACGUAAUGGAGCUAUGAUGUGGCGAAUAAAUUGGAUGGCUGAUCCUUCACCACGUGGAGUAGCAAAUAGUUGUGGUAUAAUGGUUAACUAUAGAUAUUUCUUAGAAGAAUGUGAGAAAAACAGUCGAAAUUACAUUGAACAUUUUGUCAUAAAUGCUUCUGAAAAUAUAAUUAAUAUUGCCACACAAGCAGAAAAAUUAAGAGUUACUUACAAUAUAAACUGUGAUAUAAUAUAAAAGAAUCAUGAAAAAAAUAUAACAAAUAUCUACAUACAUAUCUAAGGGCAAAAGAAUAUGAAAAUCAAAGAGAAUCAAAGAAGAGCAUGGGGAGACAAUUGAAAAGUGCCAUUAAAUUUGAUAUAAAUUGAAAUCAUUAAAUUUACACAUAUAAUUUCUUG